AUGUCUACUGUGGGAGAAAUUAUCGUUGUUUCUCGAUGCCAUAAACUUCUCGACAUGCGUAACUUCACUGGCGCUAGGAGUCUUGUUAAGAUGAAGAAACAGUUAGGUAAAGAUUGGCCAAUACUUGACCAAGUUGAAGCAAUCUGCGACGUCAUCAUCGCCGCAGAGAACCGGCUUCCCAACCGGUUUAUGGAUUACUAUGGAAUGAUUCGGUUGACCCGAUUUGAACCGGUGGUGUUGGAUGAUUUCAAGAGGUUGAUGAAGCUCCUAGAUUGGAGGUGUCAUGGUCUCCCUUCUAGCAAGGAAGCUGCUCACUAUGCCUUUCAGGCUUGGUCGCUGCUUUCAAAGCCCGUCUUGAAGGACAGUUACGAUCUCGACAUCUCAUCCCCGAUGGUUCAUCUAGGGUUUCCUGAAGGCAGUUCCUUUGUCCCCAAGGAACAGAACCCUAAUCAAAAUACUGGUCGUGGAAAUGAUAAUGAAGUGGUGGUUAUUUCUGAUGAUGAAGAUGAAGGUGAUGAAAAUCAAGAGGUUGUGACAAUGUUUCGAACUUCGAAACUGUGCAAAAUUAAUGGGAAGAGAGUGAAGUUGAUACCAGUGAAGAAGAAGACAAAGGAUUCUUCAACAAGCAACGUGAAGAAGACCUAA